CCCGCCAAUCCCCAAUUGAUUCUACAAUCCCUAGGUUGUUUCCCCUCUUCUUUUUUUCUACAACAACUCUAUUGCCAUGGCAGCAGCAUUCUAAUUGCGGAGUCCUUCACUUGAUUUUUAGGAUUAUGGCUCAAUCGGAAACCCUUUCCCGAAAUGGUGCCGAUGACUUCGACCGCAUGCCCCUCAACCAGCGCCUCAAGUUGCUUUUCGCCUCCCAUUGCAUCUCCAUCGACUCCGAAUUGAAAUCUCGCCAGCUUCAGCAAACUCCAUUCCCUGCAAUUCGCCAUUCUGGGAGAUUUAAACACGAAAUCGAUUCGGAAAAUAAGUGCGUGAAAUCAAGUCAUGUUACUGCUGCUGGAGUAUAUGAGAAAGCUGCUUCUGUUGUUGAAAUUGAAAGUCCUAUCGAAGUGAAGAUCGAAGAUGGUGAAAACAAUGUUGAUAUCAAAUCAAAUUCUGAAGCCGAAAUGAGACAUGAACAUUUGGAUGAGCUGGAUCAUGUGUUUCUAAAAGAACGAUUAAGGAGGCUGCUAACAAGUGAAUGCUUGGGAUUGUCCUCGCCAAUGCUGAAGGCAUCUUGCUAUCUAUCUGGUGAUAGUCGGAUUGUGCAAACUCCGGAUAUACCUAGCUUAGCAAAUGUUAAAGUCGAAGCUCCAAAUCCUGAUGAUUUUAAGAGUUCUAUUGCAAGUACUGUGGGUCAAAUGUCAUCUAGUAACUUUGUCCCAGUUAAAGCUGAAGUUCAUACUGCUGGUGAUACACUUGUAGAUGACUUGGAUCAUAUGUUGUUAAGAGAGAGAAUGAAACUGUUGUCAUCGAGAAAUGCUCCUAGUUUGAACACACCCCAAAGUCCUAUAUCUAUGAGCAAAAUGACGCAUUCUGCUUCAGGUUGUUGGCUAGAUCGAUCAAAACCUACCCAUUCAGUGAAAAUCAACCGCCCAAGGAAAAGAAAAAAAACUGCUACAGAUUCAAUUGAAACUGCUAUGGAAGAAGAUGCCCCUGGACUAUUGCAGGUAUUGAUAGAUAAAGGUGUUGCAGUUGAUGAAAUUAAGCUUUAUGGUGAACCAGAAAGCAAAGAUGCUUUGGAUGAUUCAUUCAUGCAAGACAGCUUUGGAGAGCUAGAAGAAGUUAUUACAAAGCUUUUCUCCCAGCGGGAAUCUUUAUUGAAGUAUGGUCCAGUGCGCUGCUCGAAGGGUGAGAGGGUCAGUUACUGUUUGGAAUGUUUGUUCUCACUUGUGGAGCAGGCUCACUAUCUACAGCAUCGACAUUGGCCUGUUGAAUGGGGAUGGUGCCGCGACCUUCAAUCUUUUAUCUUUGUCUUUGAAAGGCACAACAGGAUAGUGCUUGAACGACCCGAGUAUGGUUAUGCAACAUACUUUUUUGAAUUGGUAGAUUCCUUGCCUAUAGCUUGGCAAAUCAAACGGCUAGUAACUGUCAUGAAGCUUACCAGCUGUAGUAGGACUACUUUAAUUGAGAACCGAGCACUGAUGGUUGGUGAUGAUUUGAGCGAGGGAGAAGCGAAGGUGUUGAUGGAAUAUGGUUGGAUACCAAACACUGGUCUUGGCUCAAUGCUCAACUACUAUGACCGGGUUUUUCACGACAGGAGGAGUGAGAAGGAUGGAUCUGAGUGGAGAUCAAAGAUUGGGAAGUUGCUUAUGGAUGGGUAUAACAGCGGCACCAUAAUCCCUACUGGUAUCCCCACAAAGGUUAUGGAAUACAAUGCUGCAAACGGUGUGGAAAUUAAGGUAGAAGAACUUAGUUAAGGUUAGUUUAACUGUAAAUUUUGUUGUCAAUAUAGCAGAGCAGGCAGUAGAAUAGCUCAGGUUGAUGGUAAGGCUUGAAAGAGAAGAUAGUAAUUUUUUGAACUGAUCUCUGUUCAAAUUAAUUUAAUUGGAUAAUCACUGUUUUGUGA